CGGAGGAGAUUAAACCGACCCCACCCACCGCCUCUCAUUUCCGCCUAUAUAAAUCACCCCCUUCCCCCAAAUUACAAUCCACACAUACUUUCAUCGCUCUUGCUUUAUUUCCAAAGCUUCAUCUUUUCAGGUUUACGUUUGCAAAUUAUCUGUUUGCUCUUUUCCCCACAAAGAAGGUACAUGGUUGAUUCCGAUAUCCAGAUCCCCACAUCUUUCGACCCAUUCGCGGAGGCUGAGAUAACAGACGCCACUGGCUCUACUAAAGAGUAUGUGCAUAUUCGCAUUCAGCAAAGGAAUGGAAGGAAAAGCUUGACAACUGUGCAAGGGCUCAAGAAAGAACUCAGUUACGACAAGAUUCUUAAGGACCUUAAGAAGGCGUUUUGCUGUAAUGGUACUGUUGUGAAUGAUAAGGAGCUUGGCAAGGUCAUUCAACUUCAAGGUGAUCAGCGCAAGAACGUCUCGACUUUCAUCGUCCAGGCAGGGAUUGUCAAGAAGGAUCAGAUCAAAGUUCAUGGUUUCUAAUACCAACUUUUGACUCUGAAGAAUAAUAAUUCUAGUAUUUCUGUUUCAAGUAUUGUUUAAGUUUGAACUCUGUUUAUUCGGCAUAUGAUUUCCCAUGAUAAAUGGGAACUUCAGUUGAUUGUAAGCACUUGAUGUUGGGUUUAAUUAUGAAUAAUGAAGUUUGUGGUUCUGUGUUA